GUUAAGAAAAAUACACCAACUCAGAUAAACUCUACAGUCUACACCAAUAAAUAUGGCAAUCAAGAAAAAGCUUCAAGGCAAAGUAGCAAUUGUAACCGGCGGCGCCAGCGGCAUCGGCGAGACCACUGCCCGCGCCCUGGCCGACCACGGCGCGCGCGCGGUGGUGAUCGCCGAUAUCCAAUCCGAAAAGGGCCGCGCUGUGGCCGAAUCCAUCGGCCUGCAGCGCUGCGCCUACGUCCAGUGCGACGUGGCGGACGAGGAACAAGUCGCGGCCAUGGUCGAAUGGACGGCGACGACGUACGGCGGCCUCGACGUGAUGUUCAGCAACGCCGGCACCUUGGCCGGCUCCCCUCAGACCAUCCUGGAGCUGGACUUUUCGGAAUACGAGCGCGUGAUGCGCGUGAACGCGCGUGGGAUGGCGGUAUGCGUGAAGCAGGCGGCGCGUAAGAUGGUGGAGACGGGGACGAGGGGGGCCAUCGUGUGCGCGGCGGGUGCGGCGGCGGAGAAGGCGACGGUGAGCGUGACGGACUUCGUGAUGUCGAAGAGGGCGGUGCUGGGGCUGGUGCGGUGCGCGAGCUUGCAGCUCGGGAAGCACGGGAUUCGGGUGAACAGCGUGUCGAUGGGGGCGGUGCUCACGCCGCUAGCCGCGAGGCACGGGAUUGAGACGCCCGCGGAUGUGGAGGAGUAUAUCGGACGCUACACGAGCUUGAAAGGGGCGAUGCUCACGGCCGAGAACGUGGCGGACGCGGUGGCGUUUCUGGCUUCGGAUGAGGCGGCUUUUGUCACCGGAGUUGAUUUGAAGGUGGAUGGCGGGAUGAUUGCCAUGCCAUUUGACAUGUCAAAUUAAUCAAUGUUUGCACGAAUGAAUGUUUUAAAUUUCAAAUCCAAUAAAAUGUGUUCAUUUUAGGCAUGAAUAAUAAAUAGUAAAAUACUCUCUCUGUCUUUUAUUUUGGUCCGUCUGCAAAUAGGAGUCUGAUACGGUCCUACAACCCUAGGCUACCAGGCCGACAGAGCCGAACGACGAAGCACCGAGGAAGACGAGGUUGAAGAUUGCAAGCUGUUGAAAUACAUAAACAUUAGCUAAGAAAUACACAAAAAUUACAACCUCCGUCCCACAUUACGUGUUAUAUUUCCUUUUCCGCAUUCGUUUUGUAAAAAUGAUGAGAGUUUCUCUCUUUCUUUGUGUAUCAAACUGGUAUACGAUAAAGUAGUGGACUAUUAUUUGGGCUAUCUUUUAUUUGAGCCCAGAAGGAAUUAAUUGGGCUGAGCCCAAUUACUUAUCUCCUUA